UGGUCCCACACCAAGUACGUGGAGAUGUUUGUCGUGGUUGACAACAGGCGGUUCCAAAUGUGGAAUAGCAACGUGACCAAGACAGUGCAGAUGGUGAUGGACGCCCUUGCCCACGUUAACACCUACAGCCAGGCAAUCCACGUCCAGGUGGUCCUGGUAGGUUUGGAGAUCUGGACGGAGAGGGACCAGGUGGGGAUUUCUGGGGACCUGCGGGAAGUGCUGCAGAAUUUCAACCACUGGAGAGGAGAGGAGCUGGUCAGUCGGGCAAAGCACGAUGUUGCCCAUCUCAUAGUAGGCUACGAUCCAGGAGAGUACACGGGGGAAGCAUUUCUCAAUGGGGCCUGUGUGUCUGAGCUUUCAGCAGGAGUCGAAUCUUUCUGUCAUGAAGAUGCUACUGUCUUUGCAAUGCUCAUGGUCCACGAGCUGGGCCAUAACCUUGGCAUGAGGCACGACCACCCGUCUUGCGUGUGUCCUGACCAGCCCUCCUGCAUCAUGCUUGGAACUGUCAACUCUGAGAGUAGUUUCAGCAACUGUAGCUUCGAGGAUUUCUACGAAUUCCUGCGCCAGCACAAAGGGUCCUGCCUGUAUGACGAGCCGGUGCCCAGGGGCCGGGUGGGGAAGCCCUUCUGCGGGGACCACGUAGUAGACGGAGGGGAAGAGUGUGACUGUGGCAGCCCCCAUGAGUGUGUGAAGGACCCGUGCUGCCUGCCCUCGUGCCAGAUGAGGCAGGGCUCAGACUGUGGUUUUGGAGCAUGCUGCAGAGAGUGCAAGUUUCUGAAGUCAGCCACGCCCUGUCGUCCCAGCGUGGAUGAGUGUGACCUCCCCGAAUACUGUAACGGCAGCUCCAUGUGGUGCCAGCCUGACACCUACAAGCAAGAUGGCACCCCGUGCAGUGGCGGAGGUCACUGCUACCGGGGGCGGUGUAGGAGCCUUCAGAGCCACUGUGUGGAGGUGUUUGGCGAGGGCUCCAGAGGUGCCCGGCAGAGCUGUUACCACCAUCUGAACAGCCAGGGGGACAGGUUUGGGAACUGUGGCAGUGGCCAGAAAGGGCUACACAAGGCGUUUGUCAAGUGUGAGCCCGAGGAUGUCAUGUGUGGGAAGCUGCUGUGUGAGGACAUCCUGAGGUUGCCCCAAACGAGGAACCACCACACUCUCAUCCAGAUCCCCCUGGAAGACACGUGGUGCUGGGGGGUGGACCUCUUUGAGGAUGUGGAUCUCCCUGACGGAGGGGCCGUGAAGGCAGGCACCUCGUGUGGCCCCCAGAAGAUCUGUCUCAACCGCACAUGCUCUGACGUGCAGGUGCUGCAGUAUGACUGCGAGCCAGAGGCCAUGUGUCAUGGCAGAGGGGUCUGCAACAACCUCAAGCAUUGUCACUGUGAUGAU